AUGUUCUCGCGAACCGUCGCUCCCAAGAGCGGCACCAAUGCCGCCGUCUACAUCGCCGCCGCCGCCGGCCUCGGCGGCGCGGCCUACUACUUCCUAAGCGGUAGCCCCUCCGGCAAGAGCGUCGAGCCCUCCACCGUCGCCGCCGCCGCCCCCGGCGCCCCGACCUUUACCGGCGGCAGCCAGGGCUUCAUCCCCCUCAAGGUUCUCAGCGUCGAGGACAUCAGCCCCAACACCAAGAAGCUCCGCUUCCAGCUUCCCGAGGACAACUCCGUCUCCGGCCUCACCGUUGCCAGCGCCCUGUUGACCAAGUUCAAGGCUGAGGGCGCCGAGAAGCCCGUCAUCAGGCCCUACACUCCUACUAGCGAUGAGACCACCCAGGGCCACCUCGACCUCAUCGUCAAGAAGUACCCUGACGGCCCCAUGAGCACCCACAUCCACAACCUCAAGCCCGGCGACACCCUCGACUUCAAGGGCCCCCUCCCCAAGUACGCAUGGGAGGCCAACAAGCAUAACCACAUCGCCCUCCUCGCCGGCGGCACCGGCAUCACCCCAUGUACCAGCUCGUCCGCUCCAUCUUCUCCAACCCCAACGACAACACCAAGGUCACCCUUGUCUUUGGCAACCGAUUCCGUGCCUUCUACGUUCUCGAUAACCCCCAAGGGCUGGGCUGGCGGCUCCGGCUUCAUCACCAAGGACCUCCUCAAGACCGUGCUCCCCGAGCCCAAGUCCGACAACAUCAAGAUCUUCGUUAGCCCCAAGGACCAGGGCGAGCUUACUGGGUCCCUGAAGGACCUCGGCUACAACAAGGACCAGGUCUACAAGUUUUAA